AUGGCCAAUCAAACCUGCCUACUAGAGACCAUAGCACAAGCAGAGAACAACAACCGAGGGUAUGGACCUCAGAACAAGAUGGCAGAGUUCGUGAGAAUCAAACCUCCAACUUUUGAUAGUACCGAAGACCCCUUAGAGGCUAAUGACUGGCUAAGGGACAUCACCAGAAAGCUCAAAGUCAUCAACUGUGAGGGUCAAGAAAGGGUGAAUCUAGCAACCCAUCAACUUACUGGAUCAACAACAGAAUGGUGGGAGAAUUACUGUGAGGCAUCAGUAGAUGCCGAUGCCAUCACUUGGGAGGAAUUCUGUGAAGAGUUUCGGAAGCACCAUGUGCUAGAAGGGACCAUGGAAAUGAAGCCUGAUGAAUUUUGCAGCCUAAAACAAGGAUCAAUGAUAGUAAACCAAUAUAUCCGGAAGUUCAUCCGUCUUUCCCGCUAUGCCCUAGAGGACGUAUCAACAAACAAGAAGAAGCAGGACUGUUUCAAGAAAGGAUUGCAAAGCAGCUUGUAUAUCCAGCUCGUGUCUGUCGUCUACCCCGACUUCAACACUCUAAUGAAUAGGACCAUCCUUCUAGAAGAGGCCUGUGCGCCCAUAGAGGAAGAAAGGAAAAGGAAGUUCUCUGACCAGGGGCAACAGGGCAUCAUGUCAUUUGGAUUGACAAAUGCCCUGGCAUACUUUAUGAAUCUGAUGACCAAGGUGUUCAUGGAGGAACUGUACCGAUUUGUGAUAGUGUUUAUUGAUGAUAUUCUCAUCUACUCAAGGAGUGCCAAAAAGCACGAACAACAUCUAAGGGUGGUUAUGGAAAGGCUAAGAGCACACCAGCUUUACGCCAAAUUCAGCAAGUGUGAGUUUUGGUUUCAAGAAGUGAUAUUUAUUGCACAUGUCCUCAUGGCAGAGGUAGUAUCGGUGGACCCUUCGAAAGUUGAAGUAGUGGUUGAGUGGAUUCAACCAGUCAAUAUCUCAGAAAUCAGAAUCUUCCUUGGACUAGAGGGUUAUUACCGCAAGUUUAUUGAAGGAUUUUCAAAAUUGGCUAAGACAAUGACCAAGCUUCUCCAAAACGAUGCCAAGUUUGAAUGGGAUGAAGCCCGCGAGAAGACUUUCCAAGAACUCAAGAAGAGACUGACUACCGCCCUGGUGUUAAAGUUGCCAAAUAUCCAGAAGGACUUCGUGGUCUAUCGUGAUGCCUCACGCCAAGGUUUAGGUUGUGUAUUGAUGCAACAAGGUAAGGUUGUAGCUUAUGCAUCUAGGUAA